AUGCGCGCGAGAGCACCCAGAGAUGUCUCCAAAGACGUCCACGAACUGACCAAGUUUGCCAAAGAGCUUCCCAGGCCCAAGAUAUUGAGGAGCGCCAGCGCCAUGGCCCCUUUGGUGCUGGAAUCUGGCAACAGCACCCCCAACGCCACGAGAAACACUGCCAGGACCGCCACAUACAAGUCCAGGACAAGAGUGAGCCACCUCUGA